ACACCGUAAAGCCUGCCACUGCAAUGCUCAGGCUGCUGGCAGUCUCGCUGGCCCAGUAUGGGACUGGAUCUGUCCCAAAUCUGGCUUUAUACCCAGCUCCAUGCUUGGGUCUUGUUUGUGUUGAUUAGUGGCAUCAUUGCUCGUCGCAUCUAAAGAACCCAAACACCCACCGCUCUCUUCAGUGCCGCUAUCACAUCUUACAGAAUGUCGAACGAGUUCAGAAGCAUCGAGAAUGAUGUCUUGCACCUUGGCAUUACGACAGCCAGCUUAGCUGAGAGUUUCUCCGACUCGAGCGUGUCGUUCGAUGGCACGCUUGCUGCAUCGCAUCGGUAUCGCCGACGUACAGCACGAACGAGACCCAGUGUUCUUGGUCAAGCGCCGGCAGAGAAGCCUUGGCUGAACAUCAAGAUGACGCGAUCGCAAAAGUUCUCGCACAGACUGCCUUACAUUUCUAUCAGCCUUGCGUUACUCGUGGUCGCAGGAUAUUGCUACAGCGGCUACUCUCAAGUAGAUCGGCAUAAGUAUUGUCUCGUCGUUGAUGACGACUUCAGCAAUGGCUUCAAUCCCAAUGUGUGGCAGCUUGAGCAGCAACUCGACGGCUUUGGCGUAGGGAGCUUCGACUGGACCACCGAUUCGCCUGAGAACUCCUUCAUCAAGGACAACAGGCUCCACAUUCAACCUACCCUGCAAACGCAGUACGAACAAGUCGACGGAAACGUUCUCAAUCUUACCGAGACGGGCAAGUGCCAGGGCUUUGGCGACUAUGCCUGCGCUGCCCGUGUCAACUCGACCACCUCCGACAUUAUCAACCCAGUACAAAGUGCUCGCAUCACCACACGCAAUCAGACGACCAUCCGAUAUGGUAAAGUGGAAGUGCGCGCGAAAAUGCCAAAGGGACUCUGGCUCUGGCCACAGAUUGCUCUGUUGCCGAAGGAUCUGCACUAUGGUCAAUGGCCAGCUUCUGGCGAGCUCAGUAUCUUUGAAUCUUGGGGCAAUGAUCCUAGCAAGCGCAGACCCAGCAAUAAGAAGAUGGUCAGUCAAAUUUGGUCUGGUACAGAUGGUAGUUGGGUCCAAUCGCGCUCUGUUUCGAAGGAGUUCAAACUUCCACGAGGCGACUUUUCCGACGAAUUUCACACAUUUGGCCUUGUGUGGUCGCAAGAUGCCAUCUACACCUACAUCGACAACUUCUUGAUGAACGUUCUGACCUACAAAGUUAACAAACCGAAUCAAUUCUGGAUUGACGGUGGCCUGUCCAACUGGCUUUGGGGAGGCACCUGCGCCAAUUUCAGGUGCAAUGUCAACCCGUACAUUGGUGGUUCGCCCAUUGCACCAUAUGACCAGGACUUCUUUUUGAGUCUCAGUCUACGCGUCGGAGGUCUGAAUGGUUGGUUUCCCGAUGGUGGUGCCAAGCCAUGGACCAACAAUAUGAACCACACUGCUGCGAUGACUACAUUCCUGGCUGGCAAACACACUUGGCUGCCGAGCUGGAAUGAGUCUGCAAUGGUAAUUGACUCUGUCAAGAUGUGGAAGCAGUGUAGUUAAGCUCUAUAGGUGGCCAUAGUCGGCACUGUAAUGACAUCUCUGUUUGUGAC